AUGAUUGCCGUCGGCUCUCAGGGAAACCUCGCCACCAUAUACGCCGGACGCAUUGUGGCUGGAUUCGGCAUUGGACCCCUUACGGUAAUCGGGCCUGUAUCGCUCGUGGAAAUCGCUCCGACUGAGAUCCGUGGCCUGCUCACUACCUGGUUCACCGUCGUCCUCCUACUUUCACUUUUCUUAGCCGCAUUCACAGUCUAUGGCUGUUUUGUCCACAUGGCUGCCAGUUCGCUGCAGUGGCAGAUUCCCUUUUUUGUGCCGUGCAUUAUCAUGGCGUUCGUAAUCGUCGCCAGUUUCUUCGUCACUGAGAGCCCCCGUUGGCUCUUCCUGGCAGGUCGCGACGAAGAAGCUACCGAGGCCCUCGUGAAAAUCCGAGGCUUGCCCCUUGAUCAUCCACGCGUGCAAUCUGAGCUGCAGGAUAUCAAAAAGUCCCUCGCCAAGGAGCGCAGCGCUUAUGGGAAUGGAACGUCGUAUUCCCUUCGGGGCUUAAGAGCUAUUCUAAAGGAAACGUUUCUGGUCCCAGCGAACCUCCGACGUACUCAACAGGCCUUGAUUUCUUACGCCUUGGCCCAGCUAUCCGGAGCAAACAGCAUAACGACUUAUCUGGUGCCAGUACUUAAUAUGGUCGGUGUCACAGGCGGUUCCUCUUACAGUCUAUUUGUCGCUGCAAUGUAUGGUGUAGGAAAAUUCUUCUACACUAUAAUCGCCAGCUUUUUCUUUGUCGACGCACUUGGCCGUCGAAACAGUCUGUUUAUUGGCAUUACUAUACAGAUGUUUUCGGAUAUUUACAUUGGCGUAUUUAUCAAGUACCACCAAGCAGGUCCUGUUUCUAACGCUGCGGGUCAAGCUGCUAUCGCCGCCAUCUUUAUUCAUGGCUUCGGCUAUGCCGUAGGCCUUUUAGUAUUGCCCUAUGUGUUUGUCUCAGAGUUAUGGCCAAACCAGAUCCGCUCAUUCGGUGCCGCCCUGACUCAGACCUUUCACUGGCUGUUUUUCUUCGGCGUCAACAAGGGUGUCCCAUCUUUGCUUGCCAAGACCGAUAACUGGGGAGGAUUCCUCUUCUUUGCCGGCUGGUGCUUCUUGGCCCUUAUCUACGCGUUCUUGGUCGUUCCUGAGACAGCUGGUGUGGAUCUGGAAAAGCUGGAUGAUUUAUUUGAGGGUCCUUGGUGGAAUCAAUACAAGCGGACCAAGGCAGUAGUAGUCAUCGAGUCUUUGGAGACAAGUGACCACGAGAGCGAAGCUACAACUGGAAAGGCUGUUGCUGUGAAAGACUAA